AUGACGCCCCUGGAGUACGCUAACUACAUGGUACAGUACGAGGGCAAGGAGUUUGACUUACUGCCGCUAGCCGAACUAUUCUUCAAACACGGUUAUGAUCCUAACAGACCAACCUCGACUGGGUUGACGUUCCUGCACGAAGUUGCCACCUACUCUCAAGCUCUUGUUGACCUGGCGGUAGAAAACGGCGCCAACAUGCACCUGAAGAGCGUUGCGAUGGGUCAGACAAUCGAGCAGAUGCUAGAAAACGACAUAAAAGAAUGCAAAGAUGACGACCGCAAGAAGAUCCUGAUGUACAUGAGCAACUAUAUCCAGGAAAAAGCAACGCAAGAAGCGGCAGUGAACUCCCUAAGCGACUCUCAGUCCGACAGGUUCUCCGAGCUAGACCGCCUGAACGACAAGACAGACCAAAACGUAGAUGCACCCACAGAGAAGGACCAGAAAAAGCAGUCCAAAUCCUGUACAAUAAUGUGAAUUCGUUAUACAAAUGGUUUACUGUGAGACGUCUUAUCUCGUAGUAUGUGUAUAUAUAUCUAUGCUGUCUUCUCAAUCUCUAAAUCUCACACAAAGAAAACAGAAAGAAAACAGAAGAAAGCAGAAGAUGGCUCCCAUCUCUCUCCGAGUAUUGAAGGUGCCUCAGACAAUUUUUUAAAUCGUGAACAAUACAACCACGGAAUAAUAAUACUACAUCUAGCAUAUCUUCAACCGCAUUAAAAUCACAAGGGAAUACUUCAAAUAUUGAGAGGGUCUAUUUAUUGGCAUGUAUAUGUAC